AUGGCCUCAGGUCAUGUUGGUGAUGAGUUGUCAGCCCCAGCGUCGGCGCAUGGCGUUAUCUCCUCACAGGAGGCGAAUGCACCUCGCCAAUCAUCGACCCGAAAACGGGCUAAAUGUCGCUAUUUCGCGACCAAGAAGGGUUGCCGUGCGGGUGCAGAAUGCCCAUUCAUCCAUGAUCAAUCUGUUUUCGAACAAAGACGUGCCCGGCCGGUUCAAACACCCGAGUCACAAGCACAGGCGGAGACAGCUAAAGACCCAGACAGCCGUCUAACUACUAGGGUCCAGGAUUUGAACAUUGACACGCCACAGGCAAAAGAAACCACACCAACAUCAAAAAAUACCCUGCCGCAAAGACCUGUUUCUAAGACCGAAAAGAAUGAUCCCAGAGAGUUCCAAAUCAACCAGCUAAGGCGACGUUUUCACCCGCAGGAGCAGACAAACGAGAAUGGCUCAACAUUGAGCUUUGGAAUGACUCCUUCUGACCCCGAUUUUCCCUUUGAGUUGGAUGCUUUGCAAUGUGUACUUUACGUCCCAAAUUCCUACCCUGGACAAGACAGACCUGCCCUUACAGUGACCAAUCCUGAGAUGGAAUCUGCGUUUCAGGCGAAUGUUGCUAGGGGGUUUGAUGACAUUGUUGACUUUGCAAUUCGCACGAAUGCCCGGGGAACUUUGCUCAAUUGGAUGAACACCCUUGAUAGGCAGCUAGAGCGCCUGCUCACAACCUUGGAGAGAGGCCCUAAGCUGAAGUUUGUCGCUAAUCUUGGCAAUGGCCCCGCGAAGUCGGAGCCAUCACAAAAUUCGAAUGCUGUGGCAAACCCACCAGCAGAGAUUCGAUCUAAACCUGCGCCUACCCAUGCUUUACAAGCACCAGCACAAAAGGCUAUACCCAGAGGCCCAGUCUACACGUUCGAACAAAAGGCCCAGGCUGAGAAGCGGAGGUCAAUGGAGGCAAAACAGCUCGAAGCUCGCCUUGGCCGUCUACCAGGGUUCCAUAAACGGACAGAGACCGCCUUCAUCAUACCCAUUCGGCCUAAUAAGCAGGAUCAAUUACCCAGGUCGCUUCAAUCGGUGAAAACUGUGAAGCUUUUGAUUCCUUACCUAUAUCCUCUAGAGCACAGCGCGAUCGACAUCCAGGAGGUCGAUAGCGCAGAGGCCAGGUCUGUGGAAACUGGAUUCUCGCAAUGGGUUGAGAAUAAUUCCCAGAUGAACAUAGUCUCACAGAUCAACUAUCUGGCAAGUAACAUGCACAACUUUGCCAAGACUCCCUUGCCUGAGAUUGCUGAGCAAGCUCAGCAUCAACACAUUCAAGCUGAGGACGAAGCCUCGAGCCAACCUGAAGAUGGCGUACCAGUCGAUAAAGUCGGCGAUCGACCUCAUUUGCAUGUAAUUCCGCGACCUCCUGAGUGGUCCGUGCCAGAAAAUCACAGCGGCAGUGAUAUUACUGAUGAAACUAGCUUCGAUGAGGAUUCUGAGGCGGAUGGAGAAGAAGACGAGGAAGAGGGCGGCGCACCUGUUCCUGCAGUUGCGGAUACCCCAGGACGAGGCGUUGCUCUUUCAUUCCCCUUCCUGGAACUUUAUGGGAUCGAGCUGCUUGAGGUCGUGCACCUCGCAAUCACUGUCAAAUGCGAACGGUGCAAGGAGUCGGUGGAUAUCAAGAAUGUUCCCCAGAUCUCUGACCCGAAAGAAUCACCGAAAGUUGAACCUUGCAAGAAAUGUGCAAACUCCAUGAGCAUUGGGUUCCGGAAACAGCUGAUGCAUUCGCACGCAAACCGUGCCGGAUAUCUCGAUUUAUAUGGCUGCACCAUUGUGGAUCUCCUACCCAGUAACUUCAUUCCCACUUGUGCCGAGUGCUCAACUACAUAUCAUGCACCCGGGGUAUCUGCAGUCCGCGGAGAAAGCGCAAUGGCUAUUUGCCGUCACUGUCACCGAAAAAUGGUCUUCAAGAUCCCCGAAGUCAAGUUCUUGCUUGUUGGGUCUGCGGCACUAUCUUCUCGCGCAGCGCUGCCGCUGAAGCGGAGGCCUAGAGAGGUUCUAGGCAUCGUUGCCGGACAGGAACUCCCUCGGCGCGGUCGCUGCCAGCACUAUAGUAAGAGUCAUCGCUGGUUUAGGUUCAGUUGUUGCCAGAAAGUAUUUCCGUGCGAUAAAUGUCACGAUGCUGAAACAGAUCACCCCAACGAGCAUGCAAAUCGUAUGAUCUGGUAUAAUUCACCAGGCAGAGACGGAUCAAUUUUUAACACAGUUCAUAGCGGCUUUUGUUCCAGGGAGCAAAUAUACAGACCUGACAACUGCGGAGUCUGCAAGGCUGUACUUGUUGGCAAAGCUGGCAGCGGAUUCUGGGAGGGAGGAAAGGGAACACGAAACCGCGCCUUGAUGAGCCGAAAAGGUAUUGUGAUAUCUAUCUAUUAUGACAACUUCCCUCUCGCUAAUAAUAAGCCAGAUCCUCGCAAAUAUAAACGACGCGGAGGAACUGUACCUGGCGGAUCAAGUUCGUCGAAAAAAAAGUAA